AUGUGCAACUUGCCAACGCCGAUAUCACAAGUAUUGUGGCAAUCCGUCGCCGUCAAUGGCCAACUUUACGUGGAAAUUCUUCUGCUCAAAGUGCUUGAGGAACAAGAGCACAGCAGCGGAGACGUCGAGUAUGGGUUCGAGCGAUCUGGAACGGGCUUUGGCUAUGAGGCGCCUCGAUCGGGCCCGAUCAGACAUUCUGCGCAAAUUGGGCCCAGCAACAAAGAGGCCCAGCUCGGCCGUCGGGGUAACAAGCCCGAGCCUACUUUGUCUGGCAUGCCGCAGGAGAUCCUUGAGAAGAUCAUCGGCUUCGCCAUCCCAGAGCGCCUGAAAGCUCGGAUGUCGUAUGCACGCUACGGGUACCAAGGAGAACAUGACUACGACGGCUGGCCGCUGUGGAUCGAUAACCUGACACUCGUGUCUAAGCGGAUAUACUGUAUCGUUCGGCCACUACUCAGGGACCGUGCCGAGCUACGGGGCACGAUCAACGUUCUCAACGGGUGCAAACUGGAUGAAUAUUUUGAUGUGGUAUAUGCGAAGAGGAACGCUGUCAAGCGCUUUGAGGAACGGGUUCGUGUGAUGGAUCCCGUCGUGCGUGAUCUGGAGUCUUGGAUAGAGGAGGAGGGGUGGGAGGUGCGCACGUUCGAACUCAAGUAUAAGACUUCACAUUAA